AUGCAAAACAGAUACGAAAUCGCCAUUAUAGGAGGCGGCAUCGCCGGCCUCACCACGGCCCUCAUCUGCGAAAAGCUCAACUUCACAUAUAUCCUCCUCGAGAAACAAGCCUCCUUCGAAGAAGACAAAGGCGCAGGGGUAGGCAUACAGCCUAACGGCCUUCGUAUCCUAGACCAGCUAGGUCUCGCAGCGAGACUAGAAGACGAGGCGGGUGCGCUGGCCGAAAUGUACAGGUACGACGGCACAGGGAGGUUGAUUAUACGGAAUAGUUUUCUCGCUGCCUGGAGAGAAAGGCUAGGAUACGACUACGUCUUCACAGAACGUGCGACGCUUCGCCGCAUGCUAUGGGAGAGUGUCAAACGAAGAGAGUGUAUCAAGGCGCCAUGUCUAGUGACGUCGAUUGAAGAACAUGACGAUUAUGUUAUUGUUCACGCGGAGAAUGCGUCGUACACGGCUGAUUUGGUUGUUGGUGCGGAUGGGGUGAAGAGUUGUGUGAGAGGGCAUAUAGAUGCCUUGAAGCCCGUUGACGAAUAUAUAUCCACCCCAUUUACAUGCACAUACGGCAUGUCAUCACCAACUCACGGCCUCCUCCCCGGCGACCACUUCGGCGUGUACAACACCAACUCAAGCAUCCUAGGAUUCACUGACAAGAACGGCAUAAUAUACUGGUUUAUAUUCGAACACAUCAACGUCCCCAAAGCCCGAUACACGGCCUCCGAUGCAGACGAAUCAUGCGCAUCAGUCUCCCAUCUGCGCAUCAUGCCAGCCGCCACAUUCACCAGCAUCAACACCAACACGAUACGCAAAUUCAAAGUCCCGCUACAAGAAUACACAGCACCAAACUGGCACACACACCGUACAGUCCUAGUCGGCGAUGCGGCGUGCAAGAUAUCCCCUGCCAAUGGGAUGGGCGCCUGCCAAGCACUCGAGAUGAGUGCCGCGCUGAUGAACCAACUUACCAGACUGAGAAGACAUGCGAAUCAUGGAAUAUGGUCGCGAGAUGAGCUACAUGCUUCUCUGGAGCGGUAUAGCGAGAUACGGAGGCCAGCGGCAGUGGCAACGUUAGAAAAGGCUCGGCUUAUUACGGAGGUUUUGCUAUGUGUGGAGGGGAAGCCGGUGGGUGUGCUGGAGCAGAUGAAGAGGCUUGAGGAGGGUUUGUUUCUGAGGCAAGCGCUUGGAAAUUGGGUUGGUGCGCCGGUGAUUUUGGGGUUGAGGGUGACGGGUCGGGGAGUGGUGCUUGGUGAUGCUAUUGAGAGGGAGAGAAAGUUACGGGAGAGGGAUGUGAAUAGGACGGGUAAAUUGUAG